GCGACGUAAUUGUAUUUGAGAGCUCUAGAGAAAAUGCUAUAAAAACUAAAUGCCAACUGGUCUUCUCUAAUCAAUCUUGAAGUCAAGUGUAACGGCUGAGUAUGAAAUAUUGGCUAAUUUUAAGUUUUCUAUGUGCCUUGAUGGCAUUCAUUAGAGCUUCUCCUUUGCCUGGUGGUGGUGGCGGAGGCGGAGGAGGUGGUGGCGGCCGUGGCUGUAAUUGUGAGCCUGGUGGUGGUGGAGGCGGCGGCGGCGGUGGUGGUGGCGGCUAUGGCAAUGGUCCUGGCGGUGCGGGCGGAGCCGGUGGUCCCGACUGUGUGCGUCCUUCAUGGAUGCCACCAUGUCCUUAGAAAGUUAAAAAACCGAUUGUUAUUAAUUAUGUAUAAUUUAUACAUAAACCGGAUUUCAAUUAAUCAUAUAUAUAUUAUAUAUAUUUUAUUUUUUAUAAGAUUGGCCUAAAUAACAUUAAUGUGAUAAUAAAAAUUUAGAAUU